GUACUACGUGGCCACUCGAGACGUGAGUUCCAUCAUGGCGACGUGCUGAUGUAUGUACAGCUCGCAGUAGUACGGUUCUUGGAAAGUGGAAUUCGUUCUGCUUUCUCCGUUUGAUCGAAGCCCGGCCCGUUCCAAAUUCCACGUCCGCCCCGUCAAAACAGGUAAAGGAGAUGCCGGCAGGAUGCGUUGGAGGCGCGGCGGAGGUGGACUAGUGGCCAGCGGUUGUCGCGGCUGACUGACCUCUCGCAGCCAGUCGUGGACGGCAUGGACAUGUACAUCAAAAAGGAGGCGAACGAGGCUGUGUUCCAAGGGCCGCUGGGGGCGCACGGGGCCGGCGGCGUGUGCUUUGUGUGCGGCGGUGGUGGACCAGCCGAAUAUUCGCUGCGCUGCAAGCCGCACGACGCCGGCCAGCCCUAUUUCCCGUUCCUCGAGACCCACGAGCCUCCAGCGGGCAGUGAGGGCCCAACGGGUGGUGACGGCACCGUGCGCGCCUGCUUCCUCUGCUACUCGCUGCUAUUGCAGCAGUGGCAAAUCCACGAGCGAGACAAUACGCCGCACGUCAAGCGCCUCUACUGGCUUAAGCGGGUCGACAACGGGCCCUACACCGGCGCUGAGAUGCUCCUGCAGGGCGAGUACGCAGCCCAGGUGCUUGGCCUGCAGCAGCCAGUACCCACUGAGCAGCCAUCCGCCGCCCCUGCAAGGCCCCCGACCCUGCCCUCCACCCCAAACAACCACCGGCCAAAGCCACUUGAGGAACCAGCCGCGCUCGUGUCGGUGAAUACUGCAGCAGCGCUUGACCUGCGCAACGCCCGAUCCUCUGGUGAACCUGUGGGGCCCCCAGACGGACCUGGAAUCCUAGACCUCAGCAUGCCGGACAAGAAUGCUACCACUGAGGUGUGUUACGUGUGUGGUGACGAGUACAAAAAGGGCUCGCUGAGCAACAUCUAUGCCAAGCCAAUCGCCGGCUGCCCAUUCUACCCUUCUCUGAUGCUUCACCCGCGGCCAAGUAAAUCUCGACCCAUGGACCCUGGAGGGCGUGUGCAGGCGUGCGAAGCUUGCCACCGACACCUGCUACAGCAAUGGCAUACGUACCAGGCCAAGUCGGUGCCGCACACUGAGCGCAACUACCUGCUGCGGAAGCGGCACACACCAGCCCUUGACACCACCACCUUCAUUUGUUACACGUGCGCCCUUGAGUAUCCUUCAUCGUCACUGCGGUUACUUUACUGCUGUCAAAAUCCUGAAAACGAGUCCUACUUCCCCUUCAUCUGCAACAUCAAACCUCCACCUGGCGCCAGCCCAAUCUCUCCGCAGGGCAUGGUGCAGGUGUGCUCCAUAUGUUACAAGUCAGUACCGCAGAAGCAUGAAGUGUUUGGUGGUAGGCUGAGUAAGGCGAGCGAGUCAGCUGCUUCGACAUCUUCCUCGGACAUUCGCUUCCGGCCGUAUGAUCUUAAGAAGGAGCAUCGCCGCCCCCCGACAGCCCCACCACCCACUCAACCAACUGGUCCUCCGCCACCCACCGCUGUGCCUCCUGGACAGGUCCAGCGUGGGGAGGAGGGCCAAAACUACAACUGCUUCAUAUGCUUGCUGCCCUUCCCUCGAGAUCACAUGAAGUGGCUAUCCACCAGCUCCGAGGGCAUGAACAGCCACGCCAUGCACUUUCCCUGUCUACAGGUUGCCCGAGCCUCAGAAAACUCGUGCACUGACUCGCACGGCCGCGUGCUCGCCUGUUCGCUAUGCAUUAACCACCUGAGCUUGCAGUGGGAGAAUUACGAAAACGACCGUGUGCCCCUGGAGCAGCGCUUCUAUGACAUCCCACCACCUGCUACCCCCACUAGGCCACCCUCUGCUAGGGCAAGUUCUGGCAGGCCCGGAUCAGCCCGCAGCAGUCCCGCGCCCAGCCCCUCUCCUAGUAUGCCACAGCAGGACUCAAAUUCUAGGAGCGGCUACGCGUCUCGCGGCGUGUCCCCGUGUCCACCACACGCGAAGACUCCACCUUUGGCCUACGCAGUGCGCACCCGCUCCCCCAUUCGGCAAAUGCCACCACCAGGUUCUCCAGCACCACUUGAGGCUGGCCGCAGCAGCUCGAUCUAUUGUUUCCUCUGCGGGCUGCAUUCCGACCUGAACUUCGCAAGAGUUUUGUACAGCCAUCCGCAGGGUCGGAACGCGCCCUUCUUCCCUUGUCUGCUGGCGCACAGCUCUCCAGCCAACGCUGAGCAGCUGAAGGAGGAUGGCUCGGCUCUCGUCUGCACCUUCUGCUACCACACCAUGAUCGCGCAGUGGCGCGCCUUUGAGGCCGCUGACCGAGCUGCAGAUCCUCACCACCGCGCAUACAAUACUCACGACUACCGCUGCUACGUCUGUGGUAUCACCACUUACAGGAAGAGGGUGCGCGCUCUCCCAGUCAAGGAUUUUCCAUUUCUGCGUUACCACAGGCAGCCAGAUAGCCUACUCCUAGAGAAUGGCGAUUUUGCCGUAGUGUGCCUUGACUGUUAUGAGACGCUGCGCACGCAGUCCCACGAGUAUGAGCGCUGGGGUCUCCCUGUAGAGAAACGCGAGUACAACUGGAUUUCGCAACCACCGCCUCCUGAGGAUAGCCCUGAAGCGGCUGUCGCUAGACUACCAUCAGGGGAGAGAUCUGAAAAAUCGAUUCAACCGUCUAUUGGCCUCUCAAGGUUGUCGGACAAAGCCAAUCGCAAAAACUGCAACAACAAACAAGAGCAUAGAAAAGCACGGCCAGAUCAUAGCGAGGCCACAUCACCAGGAGCAGAGCACGUUAACUUGGUAAAGCGGCGGCGCCAGGCAGCCAGCGACACGGCCAGAACGAGGGUGAGCGCGGCGCCGGGCAUGGAGUUCGGCCGCCGCCGCAGCAACCACCACCACCACUCUGCGGCGGCACCGCUGCCCCUGCUGCCCCCGCACCACCACCUCGUGCUCGCCGACGACACCGAGAACGGAGGCGGCAGCGGCGGCGGCGCCGGAGGACUUAUGCGCGCCGGUCUCCUGCCCUCGCCCACCGCGGCGCCCUCUCCCUCCGGCUUCUUCUUCUACCCAGGUCUUCCAGGCAGCGGUGGAGGCAGCAAGGCAGCCACCCCCACGCCGUCCCCGGGUCUUCCGCCGAGCGGCAAGCACCGCAACAGCAGCGCUGGGCCGGCGCCGCCUCCGCUGGCCGCGGGUUUGGGGUUGCAGCAGCAGCAGUCAGCGCAGAGCGGUGGUUCCGGCGGACGAUCAUUCGCGGCAGCGUUGCGCAAUCUAGCCAAACAAGCCAUCCCCACGAACGACCGCGAUGGUGAAAACUGCGAGUCGAACAGGCAGGUGUCUCCAAAGCGUUCAGGGCCACCUCCGCUCGUCAGGGGAAGUGGUCAGCCGUCACCCGGCCCCACCAAUAGCAACAGCAGACAGCCCAGCCCGCUACUCAAUCAUGACCAGCGCAAGCACCAUUCUGAACAGCGUGUGCCAAGCGCGUCUUCUACCUCAGCUCCCGUCGCAGCGCGUCCCGACGAAGUGCCUGCUCCACCGCCACCCCUGUUCCGUGCACAGGAACCCCCAGGUUCCCGUGCGGAGGAAAUGCUGGGGCGCAGCGGCUUCCAGCCAUAUCGGCCCGAAGAGGCAGCCAGAGGUUUGCCGUUCAGCCUGGACCCGUCAGCCGCUGCCGCAGCCAUGGCUGCUUACUCAGCCGCGCCGUUCCACCACCCUGGUCUGUACCCACCGCCGCCACAUCACCUGCCCUACCGCCUGGAGGAGCAGCUUUACCUGGAGCGGUGUGGCAUGCUGCGGCCCCCAAUGUUCCUGCCAAGCCCGCCUGGCAUGCCCACUUAUCCCAUCUACGGACUUAGGUACUCACCUGAAAUUCCGCUCUCCAUGAUGAACCACGCCACCGCCUCUGUUGCGAUGCACGAAAGGUUGAAAAUGGAGGAAGAGCAGCGUCGUCUGCGCGAAGAGGAAAAAGAGCAUUCGGCAGAGAAGAGUCGGGAGCGCGAGAAACGCGCCGAGCGGCAUGAGCAGAUGAAGCAACAGCAGCAGCACCACCACCAGCACCAUCACCAACAGAAUGAAGGCGCGCGCGACUGACAUUGGGAGAGCAGCGUCCACCAACACGGCUCGCUGGCGGCGAGAAAAGGGCCGCCGCCCCCCGCCCCCGAGCCUGUGCCCGCCAAAAGGGAGGCGGCGGCUCCACCGGUUCCGGCGCCGCCGACGGCGCCCUCUAGUCAGCAGAAAGAGGCGCCGCCGCCUGCGUUCGUGCGGCCGUUUGAGGACUCGUUCCAGCCGCGGGUGCGCGCGCUGGCGCCGCCCCCAGCGCCACCUCCCCCGCCGCCCGUCCCUGAGCAGGUGGACGCUGCUCCUGAACUCUUGUUACCUACCUCGACUACUUCAUUUUGUGUUCCUUUCGUGCCUCAGUCGCCCGCGCCCCAGCCUCCCCCACCUCCUCCACCGUUGCCCCAAGAAGAAGCCAAACCAUCACCCUCACAGCCCCUGAUGUCGCCCUCCGUUGAACCCCCGCUGCAAGUCACGGCCGUGCUCAAUGUCCCCGACAAGGCCAAGGUCAUGGCCGCUGUCAAAGAGUCAGCCGCGGCCGCCGUCCAGAAGCAACUCAGAUGCCAGCAAGCACAAAGACAGCCAAGUGAACUGAACGAGCAUGGAAAUGUGACUAGCAAGCUCGACCUGGCCGAGCGGCGCCGACGGGAGCGUCGAACUCGCAUGAAUGGGCGCGCGGCAGCUGAAGAGCGGCCAAUACUGCUGCUGUCAAACGGCAAUCUGGCCGCCUCGUCAACUGGCUCAUCUGACUCCGAGCAAGACUGGGAGUCAGAUGGUGAGCAUGGUGGCUGGCGCCAGCAGUGCCUGCUGCUGACCAAGGGACCGCCCUGCAAGUUGCACGUCACCCCGCAGAAACUCCAUUUUCUGCACAUGUUCGGCCUGACCACCCUGGCGAAAAAGAAUGAUUUGGAGUUAGCAAAGUGUGAACGGCGCAUUUCGCGACAUUGGGAAGAGUUAGUGCCUUUGGAAUUGGAGGAGCAGUCUGAGGAGGUAGCAUCACCUCUGCCUCCUGAGUUGCCUCACCCUUGUGGCUCGCCAGGCGCGCUUAACAAAAGCUUUGACUACCAAGCCAAAAUCUACUUUCUCCGAUAUCUUAACCUUGAACCAAUAACCGCAGCUAAACGGACAGUGUGUUUCUCAGAGAGAGAAGCGUUAUGGCAGCAAGUGGUGCGUGAACGAGUACGGCGGAACAGCAUCAACGGCGUCGUGCUGUACACAAGUAAACAGAAUGAGCUGCGCACUGAGAAGUCGCCGCCCAUUGACGAGCACAAAGUGCCUACAGCCAAAGGAAAGGCGGCCAGUGGCUCAGCCCUGGCAAUGGCCAUUUACUCAGGCGGCCAGCUAACCGUGCCUCGGCCCAACUCGCCACUCAACAAUGGCGCCGCCUCCGCGUCCAAACUGGCGUGUCUGUUGCCAGUGGCGCAGCGGCGCGCCAGCAGCAGUGAGGACGAGUCGCAGCUGCCGCCCAAGGUGGCCAAGUGGACUGGAAUUGAAGAAGUAAUGCACGCCUACAACAAUUACUCUCAAGAGUGCGAGUUGGAGGCUGGUAUUCUGCGAAAGCAGUGCCAACGACUUCACCACAGCCUGAUGGAGGGCCGGCAGAAGGCUGAGCUGAUGGACACUCGGUUGCGCGAGCUGGUGGCGCGCAAGAACAUGCUCGAUUUUGAGCACUACCAGCUGCAGACCUCGCUGGAGCAGCUGAACGCGAGCGUGCGCAAGGUCAGGUAGCAGCAGAAGAGGACACAAGAGCUCGGUGCCGCGACAGACAGGAGCAAAGCUGUGAUAAUUUCCUAAACAGAGACCGAUUGUUGCGUUUCCCCCAACCACCCCACCUCGUCCCCUACCUCCUAGGGGUUUCUUUCUUUGCGGCAGCUAGUGUGACACAUGGUAUAUAUUUUCCUGAUCCAACGAAUUAGAAGGAGGUUUUGUUUGGUGGCGAAAUUUUGACAAGACAUUCCAUGAGGUUUUUAACUGUGGAGAGAUGAUGAGAGAAAGCAAUGAAUUCUGCCCCCUUUGACAAUGAAAUGGAUGCUUCCUGUAGCGCGAUUUUUUUCCACAUUUUAGUCCCCAAACACUUAAAAAUUUUCCUGCGAAGAUCGCUUCACUAGUCCAGGAAACUGUUUUUGUACCUAGAUUAUUUACUUUGAUUGAGUCCGAUGCGCAAGUUUUUAUUUAUAAUUUGCCAUUUUAAUGAGCAUUCUUUUGCUUGAAUUGAACAAAUUAGUUGAUUUUUUCACUUGCCGGCUAGUGUGCACAUUCCUUCGAUGUCAAAGUGAUAAUUUUUUAUCAACUCGGUUACCACCCCUGAACCUGCCAAUUUUGUUUCGCUUGAUUUGAAACUCUGGAUGAAACGGAUGAGAAAAUAUUGGCAGCUUUUACAUACAUAAUAUAUAUUCUUGUGUGAAGUCAAUACAAUGCAGCAGAGAGUCGGAGACCAUAUCAAGCAACUCACACCCAGUUUGUAAUUCUCUGAUGUAAUCCUCGUUUUGUUAGCUUUGAGCCAAAUUCGUAAUUUGCCAGCAGAGUGACUGCUGAUCAAUUUUCCUCUUAUUUUUCAAUUCACCAACCGUACGACAACAGUGCGCGUGUAUUUUAUGGUGUGUCUGUAAUAACCAAAUUAUCUUUGUAAUAUUUGUACUUGACAAAACAAAACGAGAACUGUAGAGCAUUUUAGGCGAUCGCCGUGUAAGGAAAUGAGCGUGUUUUGUGAUGGGAAUUUUUAUAAAUCCCCAGCGAACAAUGAAUAAAUGAAACUGAAAGUUUAAUUGCA